AUUCUCAUUUUUAUUUUUAUUUUUUUCAUUUUUUUUUAUUUUUUUUUUCUAACGCAUAUACAUUUAAUUUAGUUUGAGUUAUUUUGUAGCAUUUAGUUAUUCUUCAGAAAAACUCUUUGUUCUUGCUUUAAUUAAGAAUUUCUCUUGAGAAACACUUAAAGCUAGUUUGAAUAUACUCUGGCUAGGAAAGACCUGGUACUUAAGUUGUCCAUUGUGACACACCUCUCUUUCCUGGGAGUGGACCCAAACAAAGUAUUUCUCAUAUCUCAUUUGAAAUCUUUUUCUUAAGCGAGAACGGAAGAACAAAAGGAAGUCAAAAACAGAGAAACAACUUCAAGCAGAUUCUUAGUGCAUGACCAGAGCUAACCCGGGAGAAUUCUUUCAAAUCAACCCGGAAGUUGAAAGGAAUUUGCGUAAGUCACAAACAUACCAUCCAUUCCCUUACCUGAUCCUAACCCAAACAGAAUGGCACAGAGAACCAUUAGACAGCUAGCAACCUCCCAUAAUACAGUUACCCAAAGUAACAUUCAAUACCCUGAUGAGGAGUGGGAGUUGAGACCUGACCUGCUAAGUGCCUUACCAAAGUUCAAUGGGUUAUCAAGAGAGAAUCCACACAAACACUUGAGACAAUUCCACAUGUUGUGCGAAAAUUUCAGAUCUCCCAGGAUCACAAUAGAAAGCCUGAAGAUGAGAGCUUUUCCUUUUACCCUUCAAGGAGCUGCUCAAGAUUGGUGGUAUUAUCUCUCUGCACGGAUUACAAAUUGGGAAACCAUUGAAAGACUAUUUCUUGAAAAGUAUUUUCCUGCAUCCAGACUAUCUGCCAUCCGUAGGGAAAUUCAAGAUAUAAGACAGAGAGACAGAGAGAAUCUCAGUGAAUAUUGGGAAAGAUUCAAGAAACUUUGUGCUUCAUGCCCUCAGCUUCAAAUGACAGACUUCAUUUUAUGCUUUUAUGAAGGCUUAAGUCCAACUGAUAGGUCAUGGGCAUAUGCAGCAAGCGGAGGAUCUUUCUUAGACAGGUCACCAGAAGAUGGGAUAGAUCUAAUUGAACGGAAGGCAGUAGACAAUCAGCAAUAUGGAACAAGUGAAAAUUCAGUGACUUUGUUGAAAGGAGUGCAUGAAAUUGAAAACGGUGUAGUUGAUGGAAGGAGGAUAGAUGAAAGAUUGAAUAACUUAGAAAGCAAACUCGACAAGAUUGCAAGUUUGUUUAAAACCUCCACUCCACAAAUUGCAAAGAAGUGUGGAAUUUGCAUUUCAACUGAUCACUACACUGAUGAAUGUCCUAGCUUGAUGGAAACUACUGUGGAAAACUCAUUGCAAGCUUUUGCUGCGAACACGUUUGGAGGAAAUAGACCAUACCAGAAUUAUCAUGAUUCAUCCUCCAAUGGGUAUCAACAGAACAUGCAACCUUAUGUUCCACUUCAACAAAGGCAACCUUAUGUUCCACCUCAACAAAGGCAUCAACCUCAGCCUGAAAUGUCACUACAAGAUUUCAUGAAAACAAUGCUUGAGCAAAAUUCAGAGAUCAAGAAAUGA